UUUGAGUUUCAUGCGGCGAGAGCUGACAGGCUUGCGAUCGUGAAAGCCAGGCAGGGGAAGAAUCGGGGCCGCAUGAGUGAAUUUGUCGAUGUUUGGCAUAGGCCGUGAUGAUGAUGGCCGAGAGGCGGGUGGUGAUGUCGCUGCUCUGGAGGAAAGGUGUGCGAGGGACGUCGAGGUUUUCGGAGAAUUUGUCCCAAUUUCUGGGCUGUCAAGUCAUUCUCGAUCGCUUGGUGCAUAUCAGUGCAUCGCCCAGCAAGGAGCAGGGGAAGUGUCGAGACGGUCACCUGAUUGAGCCCCCUGUUGCUGUCAGCCGCCCUUUCCGGAGGACCAAGCAUGGGAGAACUUGGUAUGAUCCUUACCAUUGGAUGCGCGUUUGCAAAGACGAGGCGGUGGGCUAUUUGCAGCUGGAGAAUGCUUACGCCGAUAAGUGCAUGGCCGAUUCUCUGAAUUUGCAACGCAAACUACAGAAAGAGAUGGCUGGUCGCUUGAAGCAGGAAGUUUCGUCUCCUCCCGAGCGCAUUGGUCCCUGGCUUUAUUACACACGAAUACCGAAAGGACAGGAUUAUCCUGUGUACUGCCGGAUAAGACAUUCAGUAAGAAUCAGCACUACACAAUCAAAGUUGAAAAAGGUGGCGGCCUCGGUCUUGGGCUGGGACUAUCAAGACGAGGAGGAAGUGCUGCUCGAUCAAAAUGCACUUGUCGAAGAGUUUGGAUAUGUCCAACUUGGGACCUGCAGGCUCUCUAAAGAUCACAAUGUGAUGGCUUAUACUCUGGACACGUCUGGCCGUGAAGUUUUCAGUCUCUUCGUCAAGGACCUCCGAACCGGUCGCAUCAUGAAGGAAGAACAAAAGGCUGGUGUUGUGAGUGUUGAAUGGGCUGGGGACGGGCGUACGUUAUAUUACACCGAAGUAGAUGAAUUAUUGAGGCCGUGGAGAGUUUAUCGACGAUCCUUGGGAUCUGAAGCAGAAGAUAUCCUUGUUUUUGAAGAGAAGGAUGCGAGUAGUUUCCUGGAUGUUUCGAGAACCAAAGACUGGACGUUCAUCACAGUGAAUGUCAAUUCAAAAACUUCGUCAGAGGUGUAUCUGAUCGAUGCAGAUAAUCCAGAAGCAGAUUUGCAACUCGUUGAGGAGCGCCGAGGAGGUAUACAAUACUUCGUGGAGCAUCACCAAGGGUUUCUUUAUAUUUUAACAAAUAGACGAAUGGAUGGUGGAAAUACUCGAACCGCUGUGGGCGAUUACCGCCUGGUCCGAUGUUCCCUUGGAAACCCGGGUUCUAAGUACUGGCAGGAAAUUGCCAGCUUGGAGCGUGGAGCGUUCAUUGAAGAUAUGGAAAUAUUUGAAAAGCACCUUGUGCUGUACCAGCGGAGAGGUGGACUCCCUCGUAUCCAGGUUUUGGACUUGCCGUCUAGCGGCUUCGAGUCCAGGAGGACGCUAUCGCUUCCUCAAGAAGUUUGUACUGUGACUCCAGGAGCAAACGAGGACUUCAACUCUUCAGUUUUUCGUUUAACCGUAUCAUCACCAAAUUUACCAGAGACCGUUCUAGAGUAUCACCUGGAAACAGGAAAACCCAAAGUCCUACAGCAGGAGGAGGUACAAGGCGUCCAGCUACCAGUAAAGAAACGAAAAGGGACGAGAAGACUUUCGGAUGAAGGGCAUACAAAUGUAUCAGAGCUGGACUCGCAGGCCCAGGUGGAUCGUAAACCAAAAGUGGUAUCUGGCAAAGCAGACUCUGAGGCGACGGACGAUUUUCACCUUUGUCUACUUUCUCAGUACGAAUGCCAGCGACAUGAAGUGAUCACCGCCGACGGAGUAGCAGUACCUUUGACGGUAGUUUGUGGAAGCGGAGUCAGACAGGACGGACAAAAUCCAGCCCUUUUGAUAGGCUAUGGUGCGUAUGGCAAGACACUGGAGGUGGAAUGGUGCAGUGAACACCUCAGCCUCCUUGACCGCGGUUGGGUCAUUGCAUUUUCUCAUGUUAGAGGAGGUGGAGAACUGGGAAGAUCCUGGUACGAAGCAGGUAUUUUACUGAAGAAGAAGAAUUCAUUUCACGACUUCAUUGCUUCUGCGAAGUAUUUGAUUGAAAACAAAUAUGCUCAUAGAAGUAAACUGGGCGCUUUGGGCUUAAGUGCGGGCGGUUUAUUGGUAGCAAGUGCUGUGAAUCUACAGCCCGGUCUAUUUCGAGCGGUGAUUCUCCAGGUCCCAUUCCUGGACAUCAACAACACACUCCUCGAUACAGACCUCCCUUUGUCAGUGCAUGAGUAUGACGAGUGGGGAGACCCAGACGACCCCGAACAUUUUACCAACAUAGGAAGCUAUUCUCCUUACGACAACGUGCAAGAAGGGAAGGCUUACCCAGCGAUGCUUGUUAAAACGGGCCUUCUUGAUUCAAGGGUAGGAUAUUGGGAGGCCGCAAAAUAUGUUGCAAGAGUUAGGAAUCUUGCAGAGCAAGACCCUGCGAAAUUGAUUCUGUUGAAGACUAGUAUGGAUUCUGGCCAUGUUUCCGAUUGUGGUCGCUUCAGCCAUCUGAAAGAAACAGCGUACGAUUAUGCCUUCCUCAUCAAAAUGAUUGGCAGGUAACGUGUUUUGUAAUGCCGAGUUAGGACGAGACCAUAUAGGAAAGGUUAUUCGUUGAUUUCGCAAACAAAGUAGAAGUCAGAGAAUUAGCUUGUGUCAACUACAAGUGCAAGUGAGCAGUAAAGUUACCUCUGUCGAUUCAGUUCAUCUGUUCUAAAUCGGCACCGAAGCUUUCAAUCCAUAAAUUUCAACGAAUUUCUGAAGAAACGAAGUAGUGCUCGAUUUCAUGUUUACGUGAACAGGAAACUUACUUGCUAGCAGCAAGGAGGUUGUGGAUAUCUCUUCUCUGUUGGGCUCGCUCAAAUAAGCGCCACACUUUGUGAUGCUUUAUUAGAAGAGUGUGAAAGGUGGAGCGAGGACGACUGCGGUACAAAAUAUAUGAUCACAAACUUUUUCAAACCUUGGCGCAAAGCAUAUUACAGCUAUUUUUGGGAAAUUUGGUGUCCAACUGGAGAACGGAACUUUUACGUACACUCAGUUUCCGAGAGAACCAAACGCAGGAAAUAAACCACCUAAACCAGCCAGGUUACGAGGUUUAAGCAUAUAAAACACAGGGUGGGAUUAUAUCGCAAAUUCUCGGGACUGGUGUUACAUGCUUCACGUUAUUCAUCCAUAUCUCAACACGAUGUACUUCAGUGUGUAUGGCGGUACCCAGGGAGCUAAGGGGCUAGCAAUGCAUCCUUCAAAUCUGAAUCUUGUUCGCAUCCUGUCCAGAGCAGUUUCCACGAACACCGCAGUUUUGGUACCAAAUGUUCACAUCCCAACACAGGGUUUCACAAUGUUAGGAAUGGC